AUUUUUGUCUUAGUGAGGUAUGAUCAACAAAAUGACAAUUACAGGCUGAAAAUAUUUUCUGAAGAGAGUGUGCCACUCUUUGGUCCACCCUUGCCAUCCCCACCGGUGUUUACAGACCACCAGGAAUUCAGGGACUUUUUGCUAGUGAAAUUAAUUAAUGGUGAAAAAGCCACUUUGGAAACCCCAACAUUUGCCCAGAAACGUCGGCGUACUCUGGAUAUGUUGAUUCGAUCAUUAUAUCAGGAUUUGAUGCCAGAUUUGCAUAAGAACAUGCUUAAUAGACGAUCUUUUAGUGAUGUCUUACCUGAGUCGCCCAAGUCGGCACGGAAGAAAGAGGAGGCCCGCCAGGCAGAGUUUGUUAGAAUAGGGCAGGCACUAAAACUGAAAUCCAUCGUGAGAGGAGAUGCUCCAUCAAGCAUGACAGCCUCAGGGAUCUGUAAAAAAGAGCCUUGGGAGCCCCAGUGUUUAUGCAGUAAUUUCCCUCACGAAGCCGUGUGUGCAGAUCCCUGGGGCCAGGCCUUGCUGGUUUCCACUGAUGCUGGCGUCUUGCUAGUGGAUGGUUAGUGAGUAGCUGCUCCUACAAAUGUCUUUUUUGUGUAAUUGCAGUACUUAUAAGAUGAGUGACCACCAAUCAAUUCCCUUUAGAUAAAAAAAUGUGUGGUCUGCAGAGAGGUUAGCAGAGUUUCAUUUCCUAUGAAAUUAAACCCUUUGUUUUCAGGGCAAACAGAGGAAA